ACUGAGGUGUGCUAGUAACAUUGUAUUGAAGCUAAUCACAGUACUAACUCUACUGUGCAAAGGUCCACUAAAUACCCCGAAGGGUCCACUGAAUACCCCAAGCUUUAAACUUAAGUCCACUUACUCCAUAACCACAAACACAUACGCAUAUCAAACAAAUUCAGAAUAUGUCCAAAAUAAUAUUAGAACUUCGUAUUGAAAGAGAUUAAAGCAUAGUGCGUGAACAGUGAUGUAUGAACAGUAAUCAUGAUCAGUACACAUGAAUAGUAAUUUGUGAAUAGUACACAUGAACAGUACAAUUUACUUAUAAUUUCAACAAGUAAAAAUUCACACCCAAAUCAAACACAAAAGGGAAUAACUCACUAUCUUUCCCAUAUAAACCCCAAAAUUAAAGAUAUUUCUCAUGAAAUUUUACUAACUAAAAAUCUUAAAAACCAAAGGAUUAGGGUCAAAUCUCACCAAUUGAAACUAUCCAAAACUCUAACUCCAAAUUCAUAACUAAAACUUAUACUUACCUAAAAAGAAGCACCUUAACCUUGGCUGGAGAAAGAAGGAAGAAAAAUGCAGGUGGAAGAGGUGGAAGAGGGAGGUGCAGGACAAAAAAGUGGGGGCUUUUGGGAGCCUUCUGGAGGCUUAUCAAAGUCCCACCGACAAGGAAAAAAAACUUGGUUGGGACAAUGCCAUGUGGUAAGCAAAAUUGGGAUAAUGGAGUUAGGGCCAUUCAACUUCUACUAAGUUUUACUUAAAACCCUCAAAUGUUAAAUUCAAUCAAUUUAAUCCCUAAAA